GCAAAACGCCAAAAUCCUUUAAAUCUGCUGCAGGGGAAGAGGCUAUUAUGUACUUAUUUGAGCAAAAAGAUGCAAAGAAUGAUUUGAUUCUCAUCUACGUCCUUCGAAGGUACAACCUGAUACACAACAUGGCUGCUCCCAGACGUAUGGUGGAUUAAGUUGCAGGAAGAAGCAGCAAACCAUGAGGAAAACCAGAUGCAAUGGAAACAAAGGAAGUAGUCCACUUUGCUCUUCAGCUAGAGAAGUUAGCUGCAGACCAAAGCUUUGGGAGUAUCAUGACCCUGCUUAGUGACCUUGAUAAGUGUAAUAUAUCUCUAGAGCAGCUGGAAAGAACAGACAUUGUCCAAGUGCUUUAUAAACUCCUAAAAACCUGCUCGGAGAACAACGUGAGGAAAACAGCAAGGAGUUUGUUGUCAAGGUGGAAGAGACAGUAUAGUAGGGGAAGGCGGGAAGUUAAAUGUUGGGAUUCUGGAAACUGCUGUACUAUUUCUUCAGAACAGACAGAGGAUAGUGGGGUUUCCAAAGAUUCUCCACCAGAUCCAACACAAACGUGUGUACACAGCGAUGAGAGUGCAUCAGAACAGCACUGUCAUAUUCUUGCUGGAGAGAAGACCUCUACUUCUUCUGACUGUGUGAGAACCAAAUGUGUUCAGCUCCUGCUCGCUGCCCUCCGCCCUGAACCUCCUGAUCGAGAUAAGGCAGCAGAGCUGGCUGAAAGCAUUGAGCAGCACAUCCGCAAGCUCCACAUAGCCAACCACCUCAAAUACAAAGCCUGCGUGCGGAGCAAGGUGGCGAACCUGAGGAAUCCCAAAAACGGUCAUCUACGGCAGGGUCUCCUAUGUGGCUCCCUGGCCCCUGAGGCCUUCGCCCGGAUGUCUCCUGAGGAGAUGGCCAGUGCAGAGCUGCGGCAGCUGCGGGAUGAGUACUCAUCCCAAGGUGUGAGCGAGAGGCAGCUUCCACGAGGGUUGGAGGGCACACCGACGCAGAAGAUCCGCUGCAAAAGAUGUGGAGGAUCGGACUGCAGGGUGACACAGGUGUCUAGAGGUGCCUUGUUUUUGCCGGCGUGGGUGAGGCGUGGUGGCCCUGACGAAGACGCAAUGACCUUUGUGACUUGUAGUGGGUGUGGCCAGCAGUGGUACCACAGUGGCUGGGUGUGCCUCUGAAUCCAAAAACCAGGUUAUUUUAACAGCAGAGACUGCCUAAUGAUUAUCUGAUGAGGGAUUUAAUAAAAACAGAAGUCAGUUUGUUACAAAGCAUUACUUCUGCAUGAAGUUUGUCUGGAUUUAUCUGCAAAUCUGAAACUGUCAAACAAGUUUGCCUGCUUUUGAUCUGCUUGUAUUAAAGUCCAAACAGUGCUGCUUCA